AUGUGUUGGUUUGCUUGUGUUUUUACCGUAAAUGCUUAUAUUGAUGGGCUAUAUUGUGGUCGAGAAAAUUGCUAUGAUAUUUUGGAAUCGACGCGAGACAUGACUAAAAAUGAAAUUAUAAAAAACUAUCGUAAACUGGCGCGACAAUGGCAUCCUGACAGACAUAAAACAGAAGAAGGCAAGAAAGAAGCCCAUGAAAAGUUUCAGAAAAUUGGUAACGCCUAUGAAAUACUCAAAGAUGAUGAACAGCGUGUGGAUUAUAACUACAUGUUGGACAAUCCUGAUGAAUAUUAUUCUCAUUAUUUCUAUUACUAUCAGCAUCGUUUGGCGCCAAAGGUCGAUAUUCGCAUUGUCAUUGCCGUUACCAUUUCUAUAGUAUCUGUAUUCCAAUAUUUUGGGGCUUGGAGUAAUUACAACGCUGCCAUUGAUUAUUUAUGUAAGGAUCCAAAAUAUCGAUCUCGUGCGAUUGACACUGCUAUGAAAGAAAACAAAUUAAGCAAUCCAUCAAUGAAAGGAAAGUCGCGGAGAGUCAAAAUUAAAGAAGAUGAGGAACAGAUCAUUCGAGAAGUCAUCGAGUCGAAUAUGGACAUUCGAGGUGGAUAUCAGAGACCUAAAUAUACUGAUGUGUUAUGGAUUCAAAUUAUAUUUUUACCAUAUUACCUCUUAAUGUAUAUUGUAUGGUGGUUUCAAUGGACAUGGAAGUUUACAAUCAAACGUGAGGAGUAUGGCGAAGAGGAAAAACUAUACCUUAUUAGAAAAUAUAUGAAAUGUGGUACAACUCAGUGGGAAGCUAUUGAUGAAGAUGAUAAACUAGAUUAUUUAGAUCAAGAAUUAUGGAAGAAAGACAAUUUUAAGGUCUGGAAACAACAGCAGGAUGAAGAAAUGAAAGCUAAGCUUGCUGAAAGUGCACGUUAUAAAAGUUAUAGACGCUAUAUGAAGAAAGGUGGUCCAGGACAAAUUAGUUUUGGCCCUGAUUAA